CUGCACUCCAGCCUGGACGACAGAGCGAGACUCCGUCUCAAAAAAAAAGAGUUUGGAAGUGCAGAGUAGUAUUCCAGCCCUUGGAGCCUAGCCACAGGUUUCACAGAUGCAUCUCCAGGCAGAUAUGGCUGAAGCUUCCAUAGCUAAUCUGAACUUUUUAAGGGUUUACAUGGAUGAGAAUAUGAUUUUGUAUGUAUGUCCUUAUGUAUAUAUGCGUGUGUGUCCACUAGUUUUUUGCUUGAAUGUUUACCAGUUCUGUCACUUGCAAUUUAAAUAUUCCUAAUAAAUAGAAAAAUCCAAAGACUAAGAUUGUGAUCCUUUAUGUCUAUGGUAUAUUAUGAAUACAGAGACCUUGUGCCUUUAUUGGCGUAGGAAUCAUCUUGCCCUAAUAUUGUUAUGAAAUCAAAAGGGUAAGAUUCCUAACAUCCCACAUAACACAGAAGACAAACUAAAGUUUUAAUCUAGCUUCGGCCCUUACAAAUUUUGUGCCCUAGAGCAAGCUACAUCUCGCUUAGCUUUUUUCAUUUUAAAGUGGAACUAUCUGCAUGGAUGUUCGUACAUGCUAUACAACAUAGCCUAUUCCAGAGCUACCAUCAGCUGAGCUCUAAAUGGUAAAUGCCACAGUGAGAAGCAGACAGGAAGGGGCGGAGCGCCAGCGGCGCCUGGGGCUACGCGCCGCCGCACUGCGCCGAGCGUCGGCAGCGUUAAGUUUGGGUGUGAGCCCGGCGGCCGCUUUCCUCACCGUCCCGCCGGUCCCAGCCGUCGCUAGGGGGGUCCGCGGGCCCUGCGGCAACCCUCGCUACAGACGCUGGGCGGGCGGCGACACCUGGCCCAUGGCCCCCGCGGCGGCUCCGUCCUCCUUGGCCGUCAAGGCCUUAAGCCCCGCCGCGACUCCCACCUCGUACGGCGUCUUCUGCAAGGGGCUCUCCCGCACCCUGCUCGCCUUCUUCGAGCUGGCCUGGCAGCUGCGCAUGAACUUCCCGUACUUCUACGUCGCGGGCUCGGUGAUCCUCAACAUCAGACUGCAGGUACACAUUUAGAGCCAUGACUAAGCUAACGGCCUCCGGGGCCAGCAUGAUGGUCGACUCCCAGGGUCCGUUGCGGCGCGGCGGAGCGGCGAAUGGCGAGCCCCACAGUCUCGCGAGAGUGCUCAGGCGCUCUUCGUGGCUGCCCUCUUAGCUGCUAGCGGGGCUCCUCUGGGGGCGGCCGGGAGCCGACAGUCCCUAGAAAGAGAAAAUACGCGAUUCUGGACACAGAACUGCAGUUAAGACCCUCGAAAAGAUCUAAGAAAGUGUGCAUCCUAAAACACCUGACGAAUUUCAGAAUGUGACAAAGCGCAGAGGGUGCAUUAUUUCAAAACGAAACAGAAGGCUAAAAUUUUCAGGAAAAAGAAAAUCAGUAAACCGGGAAUCCUGGGACUGGAUUGUAAGCAAGAUUUGAAUGAAUAAGAAGCUGAAGGUACUAAGGCUGUGAUAUAGAAGGUACAUACUUCUUCAUCCCACAAGAGAAAACAAUAAUAAUCAGAAACUUUCAGUGAAAAAAACGCAAAACUACAGGAAAAGCAUCCUCCAAGUACCAGACAUAAAAUGCUGCAAGCUUUUGAACUAAUGGCGAGAGUGUAAGAAAAUGGGCUCUAUUUCAGUGCUCCUGUGGCAGGACGUGGAUCAAGACUUGGAACCGCAGAAAAGGAAAUCCCAUAGUAGCACAAAGCUUGGCUGUUCAGUGAAUAACAUUUAAAUAAUCGUAAAAUACAAAUGUUGUUUAUGGUUUUUAUUGUUUAAGGGCAUACUUAAUUAUGGUUACAAAGUGGAGUGCAAAUGUUAUUUACCAUGUUUUAAAAAUACAGCCGGAAAUACAAGUGGGAAUGUUGAAGGAGGGCGGGAGAAGUAAAUGGAAUGGUGGUUAUGUCCUUAAAAAGUGGGAACUUGAAAGGUACUGUCUAUUGUUGAGUGGGGAAAGACAUUUUUAUUACUUACAGGGUAGCCAUGAAGUUUCUAAAACGGUAAUAUAUUAAAGAGGGAGAGUAGUAGGGGAGAACAGUAUGAAGUCAACAGGAAAUGCCUAAAGAUGGAGAGCUCAGGUAGAAUAUUUCAAAAAAUAAAAAUUGACAGAGUACCUGGUGUAUUUGAAUACAGCCUAGAGAGCUUUCAUUUUCCAAAGAGUGUGGGGAUAAAUUAGUGAUUGCAUAUUUUUCAAAAUUAAGAAAACAGAACAUGUAAUUUUGAACCCUGAGAAAAAUGAAGAUUUCAAAACUACACUGUAUACACUGUAUAUAUACCUCAACUGUGAAUAAUACUAGUCAUGUAAAGUCAGUCAUAAUUAUGUAAAUACUGAAUACUGAUUUUACAACAAAUGAUUCUAUAACACUGGGAGGAUGGGAGAGAAGAGAGAUGUGUGUGUGUAAUGGUGGUGAGCCAAUCAAGAUCUGAUGCAGAAAAAGUAUACACAUGUUUUUUUUCAGAUAAAAAAACUAUAAUAAUCACUAAGAGUGGUAAAGUUUUAAAUCAAGAUCUGAUAUAGAAAAGUGCAGAAAAAGUAGUAUACACAUUUUUUUUCAGGAAAAAAUUAACUAAUAAGCCACUAAGAGGGUAAAGUUUUAAACUAGUUGCAGUGUUCUGUAUUCCACUCAUUGUGUCCAGCAAACAGUGUUCUAUGGCUUUAAGUAGUAAGCAUCUUGCCCCCUCCAACACCAUGUCUGGCCUUGGGUAAUUGUUCUUUCUAGUCUUUAUUCUUUGUCUCCAGCCAAACUCCAUUUGGGCACAUUCUCCUAUAGCCUUUUCUACCUGAAGAUACUCUGUGUUUUAAAGCUAAGCUUAGAUGGCGCUUUUUCCAUUAAAUUUUUCCUGGAUUCCACUGACUAUAUAGGAGCUCACUUCUUUUAGGCAAUAAGGCCAUUUUCAUAGGUUGCCUUAUUUUUCCCUAAUCACACAUCAGCUAUCUGUUUUAUAUACCCAAGACAGGUUUCCUAGACUGUGAUAAGCCAAAACAUUUUAGUCUAAAAUAUCAGAAGUGUAGUUUAAUCAAUGAAAUAAUAAUACCAAGGGAUUUAGAAUGGUGGACAUCACUGUUUCCCAGAGCACUGAUGUCCCAAUUGGUAACACAAAAGACUGUCUAGUCUUAAUCCUGAAAUGGUGACAGAUGCUCCAUUUGGGUGACUAGGUGAACAUAUUCCUACAACUUUUUUCCUCACAUCAGUCAUUUGUUAAACCGAAGACAAAGAAACAGACUUUGUAUUUAUUACAUCCUCCAACAUAAUUGGCAGCUCUGUGAGGGAAGACACUAUAUCCUAUUCAAUUUUACACCCUGUAGUAACAGUAUAUGUGUGUACUGUAUAUAUACAUAUACACAUACACAUAUAUAAAUGUAAGAAGUAACGACAUAUGUAUACAUGUAUAGUUACUACUUACUAUAUAUGUAUACAGUAUGUAAGUAUGUAUAGUUACUACUUACAUACUAUAUAUGUAUAAAGUUACAUCUUACAUUUACCUCCUAAUAUGUGUAUAUAUAUAUAUAUAAAGGUAAAUGUAUUAGGAGGUAAAUGUAAGCUCUGUGGUUUAUCAUUUAUUCACAAUUGCUCUUAAUUCUUGAGGUAUAGUUUGGCUCCUACAUGAUGCAAUUCAGUGAAAUUCCCAGGAAACAAAACAAGAUUUUGACCUGAAUAAAUCACUUAUUGUUGUAAUUCACAAGUGAGUUUAUUCUUCCUGGCACACUUCCAGGUAAUAUCCAUUAGGCCAAGGAUUUUGUUUGUUCACUGUUCUAUCCCCAAGCCUAGAGGAUUGUCCAGUGCAGAAUAGCUAAUAAAUAUUGUUGAAUGGAUAGGUGAAUGGCAAUUUGGUUAGUAUGCUCUACAUAGCAGCCAAUAAAGGAAACAGAUAUAUUUGUCCCUGAUAAUAAGAUGAUUCACUUUAUUGCCCAUAAAUUGGGCUUUUUCAGACUAUCAUGCACGUUGAUUGAUCCAGAGAUCCCUCAAGCAUGAAAAAGCAGAAACAUAGGUGGUAUAAUUAUUAUCAAUAAAGAUAAAACUUAAGAAAUGUAGCUGGCAAAAAAAAAAAAUGGGAAACGAUGUGUUACAGCUUAUUUUAACUAUAAAAGGAAAACAGUGAACAUAGCAACAUAUGUAACCUAAGUGAUAGGGGAAAAAUUUUUUUUUUAAUUCUGGGUAAAAAUACAUGUGAUGACAGCGUAUCAUUGUCAUCAGCAUUAUUUUUAAAAUAUAUUGAGUUUUUAAUACCAGGAACUAUGAAAAAUUAUUUAUAUACAUGAGCUCCGUAAUUCUCACAUAUACCCUGUGAGGAAAACAUUUUUAUCAUUUUUCAGAGAAGCGAACCAGGAUUUAGAGAGGUUAAGUAACUUCCUAAGGUCAUGAUAACCAGACCUCAAAUGAAUCUCCAGUAAUUCUAAAGAUACAUUUCAUAAGGAGUUCAGUUUUCUUAAAUGUGUGGAUAAUUACAAAUAAUCCUGUUUCUCAAAUUUCUGGACAGAAAUAUUACCUGGGUAAUUUUUUUUUAACGUAACUAUUGAGGGUCUUUCAUACUAAAAUAUAAAUAUUUAACAUGAUUUGAUAUGUAAGUGUAAGUAUUUUAUACUCUCUGCAGCCUUAAAACCUAUUGGCUUAUUUUAUUAGAGGGUGGUGGGAUUGAGGGAUAUAGGAGCAAAGGGAGAGAGAGGAAAGGACAUUGUCCUCAGAAUGGAAGGGAAACACUUUCCUGUGCUACCCAGAGUAGAAAUCAAACAAUCUUAAAUUUUGAAGCCAUGUCUGUUCCUGUCCUGAGGAUCCCUAACUAAACUUUGUUAGAAAAUCUUGCAGUUUGCUUUUAAUGGGAGAUCUUUCUGGCAGGACAUCAAUAGCUUUUGAUAGAGUCAAGAAGAAAAUAAAGUUACAUGCAGAAGCAUGAAGGGGUAAGAUGAAAGUUGAGGAGUAUAGGGACAAAAGAUGAGGGAAAGGAAUAUCCUAAUGCUUGGAAAUUUGAGCAUGGAAAGUAGUCUAAAGACGACUUGGGAAGUUCCAAGAAAAUGGACCAAGAAAAGAACCUCUGCAACGACUAUGAGAAUUCCCAACAAUUGGAUUGGAUUGAUUCAUAUUAGCCUAUUUCUUGGGUUACCUUGAGUGUGGGGAUUCUUCUUGCAGUUUUAACAGUUGUACUGUGGUCUGAAUGUGCCCCCCAAAAAUUCACAUAUUGGCAUUCUAACCCCCAAAGUGAUGAUCUUAGGAGAUGGGGCCUUUGGGAGGUAAUCAGGUCAUAAAGAUGAAACCCUCAUGAAUGGGAUUAGUGCCCUUAUAAAGGAGACCCCAAAAUAAUUCCCUUACCCCUUUUGCCAUGUAAGGUUAUAGGGAAAAGUCAUCUAUGAACAAGGAAAUGAACUCUCACCAGAUAUCAAAUUCACGAAUGCCUGGAUCUUGGACUUCCCAGCUUCUAGAAUUGUAAGAAAUAAAUUUCUGUUGUUUAUAAGCA